AUGAUGGAGGCAGUGACCACAGGCAACAAGGCAGCACAGGCCGCGAUCUUCCAGAAGCAGGCCGCCGUGGCAGCAUGCCAAGCGCCCAAUGCCACCGACAUGGCCGUGUUCAAGGCAGGCCUUCGCGUGUCAGCCGGCGAUGUGGUGUCGUGCCGG